AUGGCAAACGAUAUCGACACUCUUGUUGGCAUGGGAUUCUCCCUCGCCAAAAUAAAGAAGGCCAUGAAGGCAACAAAUGGUGCUGGUCUUCAACCUGCCAUGGAUUGGAUUCUUGCUCAUCCUGAAGUCUCUGAUGAGCCAGAAGAAGAAACUACUCCUCCUCAGGUGUUAGGAAGUGCUAGUAGUUCUACUCCUGCAACGGCCAACGCCCAAGAAGAAGGUGAGAUCCAAGAUGGCGAGCAGACUGCCCAAAGCUUGAUCUGUAAUGAUUGUCAAAAGCUGUUCCGCGACGCUGCUGGUGCCGAGAGACAUGCUACUUUUACAGGCCAUCAAAACUUCGCAGAAAGCACAGAGGCCAUCAAGCCAUUGACAGACGAGGAAAAGAAGGAGAAACUAGCUGAAUUAAAGGCUCGCAUGGCAGCAAAAAGAGCAGCUCGCGAACAACAAGAAAUUGCCGAACGCAAACAGUCUGAAAAGAUUAGACGCAAGGCUGGACAGGAUAUGACUGAUGCCAAGGAAGCCCUGGAAGCCAAAGAGAUGAAGAAGGCAUUGGACAUGAAGAAGAGAGAAAAGGAACAAGAAAAGAUUGCUAAAGCAAAGAUCAAGGCGCAAAUUGAACAAGACAAAAAGGAGCGUGCUGCAAAGAGAGAAGCAGCCAAACAAGCACAUCAAGCACAAGCUCAAGCAGAGGCAUCUGCUCCAGCACAACAGCCCACUGUCAAAAAGGAAUACAACGAAGCAAGAAUUCAAAUCCGUGCCCCUGGGUCCGGGCCCAUCAUGCACACAUUUGAUGCCAAUGCAACAUUGAAUACUGUCUUUGGCUAUUUACAAUCUCAAGGUCUGUCCAAUGCUUUCACGUUAUCCACCACAUUCCCAAGAAAGACAUUCAGUGAUGAUGAUCGACAAAAGACAUUAAAGGAAUUGAAUUUGGUGCCAUCUGCUGCUCUUGUUUUGGCAUACAUUUAA